GUGGAAGGUUAAACACAUUUUCUGUUCAAUGUAGGUUCAGGUGCAAGUCCAUCCUAAACUUUCCUCAGCUGAAGAUGCAUUACAGUAUGUUGAAGAGUUAAUUCUGCAGUUGUUGAAUAUGCUGUGCCAAGCCCAGCCAAGAAGCUUUCUGGAUGUAGAGGAUCGUGUUCAAAAAAGUUUUCCCCAUCCUAUUGAUAAGUGGGCAAUAGCUGAUGCCCAGUCUGCUAUUGAAAAGAGGAAACGAAGAAACCCAUUAUCUCUCCCGGUAGAAAAAAUUCAUCCUUUAUUAAAAGAAGUUCUAGGUUAUAAAAUUGACCACCAAGUAUCUGUUUACAUAGUAGCAGUAUUAGAAUAUAUUUCUGCAGAUAUCUUAAAGCUGGUUGGGAACUAUGUACGAAAUAUAAGACAUUAUGAAAUUACUAAACAAGAUAUUAAAGUGGCAAUGUGUGCUGAUAAGGUUUUGAUGGAUAUGUUCCAUCAGGACGUAGAAGAUAUAAGUGCACUAACUUUAUCUGAUGAGGAACCCUCCACCUCAGGGGAACAAACCUAUUACGAUCUAGUCAAGUCAUUCAUGGCAGAGGUUCGACAGUACAUAAGGGAAUUAAAUCUUAUUAUAAAAGUUUUUAGAGAACCUUUUGCCUCCAACUCCAAAUUGUUUUCAGCUCAUGAUGUGGAAAAUAUAUUUAGCCGUAUAUCAGAUAUUCAUGAACUUAGUGUGAAACUAUUGGGCCAUAUUGAAGACACUGUAGAAAUGACAGAUGAGGGUAGCCCCCACCCAUUGGUAGGCAGUUGCUUUGAAGACCUAGCAGAGGAACUGGCAUUUGAUCCGUAUGAAUCAUACGCUCAAGAUAUUUUGCGACCAGGUUUUCAUGAUCACUUCCUUAGUCAGUUAUCAAAGCCUGGAGCAGCAUUCUAUUUACAGUCAAUAGGAGAAGGUUUUAAAGAAGCUGUUCAGUAUGUUCUACCGAGGUUGCUUCUUGCCCCCGUUUAUCACUGUCUUCACUAUUUUGAACUUUUAAAGCAACUGGAAGAAAAGAGUGAGGAUGAAGAGGAUAAAGAAUGUUUGAAACAAGCAAUAACAGCCUUGCUUAACCUUCAGAGUAGUAUGGAAAGAAUAUGCUCCAAAAGUCUUGCAAAGCGAAGACUUAGUGAAUCUGCAUGUCGGUUCUAUAGUCAGCAGAUGAAGGGGAAACAACUAGCAAUCAAGAAAAUGAAUGAGAUCCAGAAAAACAUUGAUGGUUGGGAGGGUAAAGAUAUUGGACAGUGCUGCAAUGAGUUUAUAAUGGAAGGAACUCUCACACGUGUAGGUGCAAAACACGAGAGACAUAUAUUCCUUUUUGAUGGAUUAAUGAUUUGCUGUAAGUCGAAUCAUGGUCAGCCAAGACUUCCUGGUGCUAGCAAUGCAGAGUAUCGUCUGAAAGAAAAAUUUUUCAUGCGAAAGGUACAAAUUAAUGAUAAAGACGACACUAAUGAAUAUAAACAUGCCUUUGAAAUUAUUUUAAAAGAUGAGAAUAGUGUUAUUUUUGCGGCUAAAUCAGCAGAAGAGAAAAACAAUUGGAUGGCAGCAUUGAUAUCUCUACAGUACAGAAGCACUCUGGAAAGAAUGUUAGAUGUUACAAUGCUACAGGAAGAGAAGGAGGAGCAGAUGAGAUUUCCAAGUCCUGAGCUUUAUAGGUUUGCUGAACCAGACUCUGAAGAAAAUAUUGUAUUUGAAGAAAACAUGCAGCCCAAAUCUGGAAUCCCUAUCAUCAAGGCAGGGACUGUUGUCAAACUCAUUGAGAGACUGACCUACCACAUGUAUGCAGACCCAAAUUUUGUUCGGACGUUUCUCACAACUUAUAGAUCCUUUUGCAAACCUCAAGAACUAUUGAGUCUUCUGAUAGAAAGGUUUGAAAUUCCGGAGCCAGAGCCAACAGAAGCUGAUCGUAUAGCUAUGGAGAAUGGAGACCAGCCUCUUAGUGCAGAGUUAAAACGAUUUAGGAAAGAAUAUAUACAACCUGUACAGCUCCGAGUAUUAAAUGUAUGCCGACACUGGGUAGAACACCACUUCUAUGACUUUGAGAGAGAUGUAGAUCUUUUGCACCGAUUGGAAGAAUUCAUUGCGACAGUAAGAGGUAAAGCUAUGAAGAAAUGGGUUGAAUCAAUCACAAAGAUCAUCUAUCGGAAAAAGCAAGCACAAGCCAUUGGACCAAGCCACAAUAUUACUUUUGAAAGCUCGCCUCCUGCAAUUGAGUGGCAUAUAAGCAAGCCGGGACAGCCGGAAACUUUUGACUUACUCACUUUGCACCCAAUAGAAAUUGCUCGACAACUCACUUUACUCGAGUCAGAUCUUUACAGAGCUGUACAGCCAUCAGAACUAGUUGGAAGUGUAUGGACGAAGGAAGACAAAGAAAUUAAUUCUCCCAACCUUCUUAAAAUGAUAAGGCACACUACUAAUCUCACUUUGUGGUUUGAAAAAUGCAUCAUAGAAACAGAAAACCUAGAGGAAAGAGUAAUCGUAGUGAGUCGAAUAAUUGAGAUCCUGCAAGUCUUUCAAGAGCUAAAUAACUUCAAUGGUGUCCUUGAAGUUGUCAGUGCUAUGAAUUCUUCGCCUGUGUAUAGGCUGGAUCACACAUUUGAGCAAAUUCCAAGUCGACAGAAAAAGAUUUUAGAAGAAGCUCAUGAACUGAGCGAGGAUCACUAUAAGAAAUACUUGGCCAAACUCAGGUCCAUUAAUCCUCCAUGUGUGCCUUUCUUUGGAAUUUAUUUGACUAACAUCUUGAAAACGGAAGAGGGCAAUCCCGAAUUUCUAAAGCGACAUGGAAAAGAACUUAUAAAUUUCAGCAAGAGAAGGAAAGUGGCUGAAAUAACAGGGGAGAUCCAACAGUACCAAAACCAGCCAUACUGCUUACGAAUAGAAUCUGAUAUCCGAAGGUUUUUUGAAAAUUUGAAUCCAAUGGGAAAUAGCAUGGAGAAAGAAUUCACAGAUUAUCUGUUCAACAAGUCAUUAGAAAUAGAGCCGCGAAAUUCCAAGCCUCCACCAAGAUUUCCAAAAAAAUACAGCUGUUCCCUCAAGUCUCCGGGUGUUCGUCCAUCAAACCCAAGGCCAGGUACCAUGAGACACCCUACUCCGCUGCAACAGGAGCCAAGAAAAAUUAGUUACAGUCGCAUCCCUGAGAAUGAAUCCGAAAGUACAGCAUCUGCACCAAAUUCUCCACGAACACCAUUGACACCACCCCCUGCCUCUGCUACUUCCAGUACUACAGAUGUCUGCAGUGUGUUUGAUUCAGAUCCUUCAAGUCCGUUUCAUUCAAGAUCGGCAUCUGUGUCCUCCAUUAACUUCACCAAAAUCUCUGAUGAAAUUUCGGGUCCUCCUCCUGUUCCUCCACGGAGACGACCAGAGUCUGCCCCAGCAGAAUCCUCACCCUCAAAGAUUGCUUCUGCGCAUCUGGACAGUCCACCAGCAAUUCCUCCUCGACAACCAACAUCGAAAGUCUAUUCACCAAGAUACUCUGUGCCAGACCGGACCUCCAUAUCUGAGCCUCCUGAAAGCCCCCCUUUAUUACCACCACGAGAACCUGUGCGAACUCCUGAUGUUUUCUCUAGUUCACCACUACAUCUCCAGCCACCGCCCUUAGGUAGAAAAAGUGAACUUGGCAACACCUUUUUUCCAAACAGUCCCUCUCCAUUUACUCCACCACCCCCUCAGAUACCUUCUCCACAUGUAGCACGGAGGCAUCUGCCAUCCCCUCCUUUGAUACCGCAGGACGUGGAUCUCCAUUCUGUUGAGGGCCCACCUGUCCCUCCACGGCAAAGCACUUCUCAGCAUAUCCCAAAGCUUCCUCCAAAAACUUACAAACGGGAGCAUACCCACCCGUCGAUGCACCGAGACGGACCCCCCUUGCUGGAGAAUGCCCACUCCUCCUGAACUGUAUCUUGUGCUGGGAGUUGCAUUUUCUGGGCACUCUGUUGCUGGCAAUAGAUGCACUGAACCUGCUGGCACCCAGGAGUUUGGAUGUAUGCUCCAUGCAUUAAAAACUAUGCUAGUUUGGAAAGCAGUGUACAGAAACUGAACUGCAAAAGCAGACGUGAUCAACUGAUAAACUCACUAUUCCUAUGGUGGUAUGCAGGAUGCUGUUCUCAAGUCAUUGGACAACUGAUUGUACCAGAAAACUGGCUCAAGGGACUUUUCUGGCCAAUAAGCAGAGACCGUGUUUUGUGUAAUGAUCUCUCAUGUCGAGUACGGUAAUGGAAACCAUAAAUCUUGUAUCCAUCAGUCCUAUACAGUAACACAGUUCUUAGAAUGAAAACAUUAUGCACUUUUUUAAAAAUCUCAAACAGGGAACUUUAUAUCCUCCUUAAUUUCCUUUUGCUUUACUCCCUGCUUUAAAAUGCUUUCCUAAAAUCAUGAAAAGGACUGAGAGGAAGAUCUGUGGUACCUAACCAUGUUAGAACUAAGGCAGAGCACUGUAUUGCGGUCCUGUUUACAAAUUGUUACAGUGAAUAGUAUGGGUACCUAGGCUUCACCAAAGAGGUACUUUAUUAUUAUUUUAAUAAAUAUUACAGUGCCAGUAGAAAGAAAUUAUUGCCAGAAAGCAUAAUGGGUAGGGCUCGACAAAUCGCUGUUUCUACUCGCCCGUGGCGAAUAGAUUUCAGCCGGUCGCUUCGUUCGCCCCGUUCACUGGCGCUGCGUGCAUGCGCAGUGCUGGUCUGGCGCAUGCACGGUGCGAGGCUGGCAAGUAGAUCUCGCUGUGGUUUGUCGAGCCCUGAUAAUGGGUAAUGUCAUUAAGUCUUAUAUCAUUAAAAUGACAGCAAAUUUUUUAAAAAAACAGCACUAUUGUCUGAAAUAUUCUACUACAUUUAGAAGACUGUUAAUCUAUGCUAGGUUAUAUCACAUUCUUUUUAAGGUUUACCGAUAAUCCAUUUCAUGGCUUGUAGCUAUUCUUUAAUCAUGCCAUGAAAACACAGUCACUUGUGAAAAGGAGCACUCGCUGGCCAUCUUCCAUAGAUAUUGUCAUGUUUUACUAACAAUAGGUUAAUCAGCAUACGUAGAAUUGCCUUGCAUUUGCAUAAAUCAUAUGUAUAUAGUGAAUGUUGCAUAAAUAUGCUUGCAGAUUGUUUUUAAUUUAAUUGAAAUAAAGAUACACAUAUUUGUUUGGCUGACAUGUUAAAUUAUUACAUGAGCAAAUGUACAAUUCAGUUUUUCAGUUAACACUGAAAAGAGGAUAAAAGCACAUAUUGUGGUACACUUUUCUGUAGUUCAGUAUAUGUAUUUUAGGAAUAAAGAAAUCAGGUUUUAGCGUAUGAAACAAAGUUUAGUUAGAAUGAUAAAGCUGGGUUAUUCUCAAAGUGAAGUACAGUACAUGUUUUUAAAUUUCCCAGACAUGUAUGUAGUUUUAUAGAAUUUCAAACAUUGUCUUAAAAACUAUUAAUCUUUACAAUAGUGUCAGAAAUGUACAUGACAGAACAUUGACCUGCCUAAAUAUCAUGAUAUGGAUUAUCCAUAAACCUGUGUACUACUCUUCUGAUUCUAACCAAUACUGUGACAGUAAUGCAUGCCAGUUAUUGAAGAAAAGAAGCUUUAUUAAUCUCCUCUAUCAUAAUGUUUGUGAAUUGUGCAGUAUCUCAUCUUUAUUUAAUAAGAUUCAUGGGUCGUAGUAAAAUUAUAUCAUGUUUCCUCUCGGAUAAAAGCAAAAUACAUUUCAGUAACCCAGAAAGCCAUGCCCUCGGAGAUAGUUGUAGUAGAGUGAUUCGGGACGGAAAUCUACAAUUUUAGUAACUUUUUACAAUGCCAUUAGCGGAGUGGAAUACGCACUAUGAUACUACAGUUGGUCUUUACAUUUCAGAAAGUGUUUUGAUUUCAUCAGCAUUAAGCGGCAUAUUUUGUCAUAGCCAAACAUUGAGUUUCAGUUGUAACUUUUUGUAUUUCCUUAAUAUUUCUAUUUUGAAACAUGUUUUACCGCUCCCUCUUUCCCAACAUGUAUUUUUCCCCUUUCUAGGUAAGAUUUAUAAACUCCUCUUCAGAGGAAGACAUUCUUACACACGUGCUUUAUAUAACCCUGUCCUACAGGAAAUGUAAAUGAUGUUCACGGUUGUCCCAGUCGAGCCCAGCAUAACGAAUGCCGUUGGUGCAAUGUCUGGAAGUUGCUGACUUGCCAGAAGGAAGCCAGGAAGCUCUCCAGUGUUAGUCAGAUGUGCAGAACCCUCACAACCUGUCCUUUACACUCAAAACUAUGACCCUUCCUUGCCGAGGUUGGUUAGAUAGGUAGAAUAGCCUAGUGAAUUGAGUGCUGCAAUGAUAUGAUGCAGACCUGCAUUCAGUUCCUGGCCCAACCCCAGCCUUGCAAAGGCAAGUCACUUCAUUUUCUCUCCAUUUGUAAAAUACUGGUACCUUACAGUGGUUUUGAGGAUAAAAACCCACGAAAGUAGAGAAGUUGAUUAGACUCUAUGGUGACAUAAAAGCCUAGAUUAAACUUCUUUGGAGCUCAGCAGUGCUGCUCAAUUAUCCAUCACUUACCAAUGGACCGCAUACCUCUACAGUGCUGCCUCUAACACCAUGUGUGAAUGACCAGCACCAGAAAUCAAAUCCCUAAGUCAAGAGGGAGAAUGUUCAACACAGCUGCUGAGCUCCUGGCCUCUCAGAACUUGUCAAUUUUAUUUGCCCCUUUUUCAAGAAAUAACUUUUUUGCAACAUGGAAGAAUUUCUCAUUUGGACAAGUUCACAUUGGUUAGUGAUUAUGGGUGGGGGAGUGUGUCAAAGAAAAUAUCCCUGGAUGCUGGCAGGGAAAAUGGCAUCAUUUUUAUUAUUCAUAUUUGCCAGAUUGUUGAAUGAUCUUGAAUAAUAGUGUGGCAUAAUGGAGCAUGUUUCAUCCUAAGCCAACAACUGUGGCUAAAUGGAUUGCUGUGUUAUUGCAGAGCUCAGAUUAAAAGUUUGAGCUGUAUUGUACUGUUGCAGAGUAUUGGUUUGUAGCUCUUGGGUGCUUACGCAGAUGGGGAGAAAUGAAGUCCUUUAACGAUCGGGGCAAUGAGAUACCAAAGUGCAAUGUUUGAAGUCUGUCCCUAACGUGUGCCCGAUAUAGAGCGUAGUGCAGUAGUGUAGGAUACAUCCAACCUUUCUCCCCUCUUCUCCACCCCAGAAGUGCAAACUGGAAGUUAAAAGGAAAAGUUCUCUAUUGGUAGUUUGUAAAUGUUAGCGUUUCAGACACUGAACGCUUAAAUUAAAACUGAUAAUGAAGUGCAAGGAAAAGUUAUUGAAGACGUGGUUAUCAGGCAAGCACUUACUGGCCUUCAACAACCCCAACACGAUUCUCCAGUGUCUGUUUGGAGAGAUUAUUUAUUGCCUUUGCUUCAGAAUAAAUACUAUGAAAUUACUGGGCAUGCACCCAUAAGCUGCAAACUGCUUCACAUGUUCUCUGGCCAUUGUUUCUAAAUUCUUGCUUAACCAUUGCAUUUUAAGAAAGAAACCGAGUUCAGUGCCCCCUCCGUGAAUCCGUUUAUGCCUUUACUUGCUCAAGUUUUCAUUUAUUGUAAUGAUCUAUUGCAUAGUUUGUUACUUUUGCGCAGACAGAAUCUUAAAUCAGGCUUUUCUUACCGGUAAACUCCAGUAUCACCUUUACUCAGUUGGGAGCCUGAUCCAAAACGUACUGAAAUCAAUGGGAGUCUUUCCAUUGACAUUAGCAGCCCUUGGAUCAAGCUCUUCGUGUUCUUCUGAAAGAUGGUUCUAUUUUACUGUAUUGAGGGAAGUGACUCUCUUGUACCAAUAGGGCUGUUUGAAUGAGUCUGCUUAGACUGCACAGUCCCUGUAGCAGAGCUAAUGCCUGGCAAUAGAAAUUCUAGUUCUUUCUGCUCUGGGUAAUGUGUGAUCCUUGCAUCACAACUCGCAUAAGCAGCCUUCCUUCUGUGUUCCUAGACGUUGAGCAGUGAGAGUCCACCAGGAAAGCCCCCUCCCCUCCCGCCCAUCAUUCAUGAAUGUCUGUCUUUGUAACAAUGUUCCUUAAUGCUUAGUUGUUGUGAUCAGUGUGGUUGGCCUGUGGCAUGUAAAAAAAUCACACUUUGGUUUCCCUCUCAAACGUCAUACCCUUUUUCAGCUAACGGGAAGGAUCUUGCUGAAAAAUGCAUUUUUAAAGCAGAAAAAAAACGUUGGGCAGCUUCUUAGAUUUUUCUCUUUAAAACCCCUAUUUCAACUGUUGAAUUGUCAUUUCAACAAUAAACUUAAAAAACAAGAAAUAGUCUGGUAGCACUUUAUAGACUAACAAAACAUGUAGAUGGGAUCAUGAGCUUUCGUGGGCUCAAUAUGUGGGCUUCAGUCUUUUUAGCUUUGUUAGGUGAGGGGAAAAUGUGGCCCAAUACUCUUAUGAAGCCCAAAGCACUUCUGGCUUGCUUUGUAAAUGUCAUGCCUUAUUUUCCAUUAAAAAAACCUUAAAGUGCAUUUUUCUGUCAACUGUGAGCAAAUUUCUCUUUUGCCUUGAAUGAAAAACAGUGCAUUAAAGUAGCCAGUUGCUGCAAAAUUGUAAAUCAAGUGAACUAAGGAUAAAGUCGCAUUUGACUCCAUAAUAAACACACAUGAUGUCAUGCACCAAGUGACUGAAAGGUUGAAAGAGGGGGGGAAAGUCCUGUGCCAGAUGCAUGCCAGUUUUAGUAGCUGCCAAAUGUGCCUUUUUAUUAAGAACAUCUGUAAUUUUUUUCAGAACAAGGUAAAUUAUGUGUGCAGAGGGGUUCUUUUGGACAAAUUUUUUGCUUAGCUUACUAGAAAACAAGCCUGUUUCUGUUUGUCAAAGUAAAUUGUACACAUUUUAAGUUUUGAUAAGUUUGUGUGUUGUGGUGUAGAUGUGUGUUUGCCUUUGUUUAAUGGCCUGGUUAUUUGCUAAAAUGAUUACAUGUCAGAAAGCUAUGUCAGUCCGACCCAAAUGUAAGAAUAAAGCAGUAAUCUUUAACUGGCACGUCUUAUGACCUGUGUACCUAACCAUGUCUGUAGGCAAUCUUUGUAUGCUUUGUCUGCAAUGGUAUGCAGAUUGCAUUUAAAGUGGAAAAUUAAUAGUGGCUGUUAUUUUUUGGCAUUAAAAAAUGUUCUAAAAAUAAAAAUGCCUUACAUAUA